GGGGCCGGGACAGGGGGGCGCGGGAGAGCUCUCUCAAGGGCGUCCAGACCCGGAACCGCUCCAGCUACCUCCGGGAAAUCCACCUCCCUUGCCCAACGCUCCCUGCCUGUACCUUUCGCCUGAGCCCAAACCGGCCUAACCUGCUCUCCCGAGCCGCCCCCCCAAAGCCGCGCCGGGGAAGGCAGGGAGCUCAGUGCCAGCGUGAGGCGGAGGGAGAGAUUUGAUGAUGCCGCGCCGUUGACUUGGUGAGCCACACGGUGGAGCGCCGGCAGUCCUGCCUAGCAGUGCCCCCUGGCUGGACGGAGGAGGGGACCCCGCCAGGGGUCUGCAAGCCUCACCCAGCCCACCCCACGCACCCCCAGGAGAGCCAGCGGCAGCUGGAGCAGCGCUGCUGUCCCAAGGAAGGAGCAAAUCAGAAGUAAUUAGUCUGAAGGCCUUGGAGCCCUGGCUAAGUGCCCUGCGGGGGAGCGGCAGGGAGGAGUGGUUGACUGCCGGAGCAUCAUACCAGGCCUCUGAGUGGAACAGGUUUCGGGGGACACUCCCUCCUUGAUGUCUGGGGUGCCCGGGAGCCCUGCCAGGACUGGGGCUGGCUAAUGACACCCUACUAGUCAGGGCUAGCCCUUGGGUUGGGCUCUCUGCUGACAGCUGGCCGGGGUAAAGCGCCGUUGGCCCUCAUGGCUCUGCAAAUAACCACAAGGAUCCCGCUCUCGCUUGUUAAGCCCGUGAGGGAAGAUGGCAGAGAGCUCCCUGUACACACAGCGCCUAGAGGCCAUCGUGGGGCGGCGCAAGGUGCAGGAGCGGAUCCUCCGGACGCGCCGGGAGCUGGAGGAGGAGAAACUCCGAGCCCAGCAGCUCAAGAGGAAGUCCCUGCGAGACCAGUGGCUGAUGGAGGGGUCGUGUCUGCCCCCCGAGAACAACCCCACCUCCCCACUAUGGCAGACACAGUCCCGCAUCCAGGAGCUAGAGCAAGACCUGUCCAGCCUCCAGUCCCAGAUGCAGCAGCUGGAUAACCCGGAGCGUCAUGGCAGGCCCCACAAGGCCUUGGAAGAUGCCAAGCAGCCAGCAGGGGGCAGCUGUGAGGCCCGGGGGGCUGGCUCUGCUUCGGCAGGCGGGGGGGGUUGUGGCUGCGAGACCGAACCUGCCCUCCGCCUGGCUCCAGUGCCCCCCAAGAGGGCCAUGCGACCAGCAGCCCGGGAGACCCUGGAGAACGGGGAUGUGUCGAGAGCAGGUCCCUUUGGCGUGGAGGGUGUUGGCCCUGGGGAGGGCAAGACUGACACCAGCUCUGCGGCUCCGGGAACUCAGGAUGACGGGGCGGGGGCGUCCGCCAAGCAGCCGGAGAAGCUGGGUGUGGGCAAGGUGGAGAUGAUCAUUAGAAACCACCUGGGCCAGGAAGUGGGCAGCAUGGACGCCAUCGGGCGGACGUCCCCGGAGACGGAGGGGGAAGCUCCCCGGGGAGAGAACGGGUUGGAGGAGACUUGGGACGGAAGGACCGAGCGGGAGUCGCAGAGCCCGCCCGCCCUUGUGAGUGACGCCCUGGACAGCGGGAUGGAGGAGAGCGUGGCAGGGGAAGGGAGCAGAGAAGGGCCGGAGGGGGAAUCCGGGGCACUGGACGGGGAGGCGCAGGCCCUGCCGGAUGAGAACUGCUGCCUCGAUUCCCCAAGGCCCGAGCCGGACGGGGAGCUGGAGGAACCGAGCGGGAUCGUGGAAGAGCGGGAGAUCUCGGCUGAGCCUGCCAGGGGAGCCACGGGAAUGGAGGAGACAGAGGCUGCCCAGAGGGCUCAGCGCAGGGCAGCAGAACCAGAGAGGCCGGAGGAGCUGGGACCCACCCAGGGGAGAGGCCCUAUGUGGCAGGGGCCCGCUAGGGAACCGGAGCGUCAGGUGUCCCCCGGGGCAGAGCGUCCCCAGGCUGCAGGGAUGGGGGAAGGAGCAGAGACAAAGGCUUAUUCGCAGGACCAGAUCCCCUCCCCCCAAGAGGCUAAAGGAGCUCUGCAGGACCAGAUCCCAGCUCUGCAGGACCAGAUCCCCUCCCCCCAAGAGGCUAAAGGAGCUCUGCAGGACCAGAUCCCAGCUCUGCAGGACCAGAUCCCCUCCCCCCAAGAGGCUAAAGGAGCUCUGCAGGACCAGAUCCCAGCUCUGCAGGACCAGAUCCCCUCCCCCCAAGAGGCUAAAGGAGCUCCGCAGGACCAGAUCCCAUCAGUUGUCCAGGACCAGACCCCUUCCUCUCUGCAGGAGGCUGAAGUAUCUAUGCAAAACCAGAUCCCAACUGUGCAGGACCAGAUCCCAUUGUCUCUGCUGGAAGUUAAAACAUCUCUUCAGGGCCAGAUCCUCUCACCACAAGAGGCUAAGGCAGCGCUCCAGGACCAGAUCCCUUCCUCUCUGCAGGAAGCUAACGCAUCUCUCCAGAACCAGAUCCCAUCUCCCCAAGAAGCUACAGUAGCUCUGCAGGACCAGAUCCCUUCCUCUCUGCAGGACCAGAUCCAAUCUAUGCGGGACCAGAUCCCUUCCUCUCUGCAGGAAGCUAACGCAUCUCUGCAGGACCAGAUCCCUUCACCCCAUGAAGCUAAACAUUCAUUCCACAGCCAGAUCCCCUCCAGCCAAGAGCCGAUCCCUGCCCUUCACGGGGAACUACCACUUACCCCACGGGAGUUGCCAUCUGGCGGAGCACCAGGCCUGGAGCAGGUGCCUUCCCGACCCAGGGAGAGCAUGGCCCUGAAAGGAGGCAGCGGCACUGGCCCGGUUCCAUCGACUGCAGAAGAAACCACCGAAAACCUGGGGAAGCUCCACCCGGAGCAGCAGCCUCUGCUCAAGGAAGCCUCUGGGCUCCGAACGGGCCAGAAGGCCCCACUAGAUCCCGUGGCCAGGAGCCUGCAGCCGGGAGCUGGCACCUUGAAGUCGCUGGCAGCUGUGAGCCCAGAGGCCCCGACAUACACCACCGCCUCUGCCAACACCGCCUCUCCGUGCCAGGGCAGGAGCGCCACCACCCCCCGGCCGGGAGACGGGCAGGAGACGGGCAGACGCAAGCAGAAGACGUGCCAGUGCUGCUCUGUCAUGUGAUCCCGGGCGCUGGGAUGGGGCGGCGAGAGCCCCAGCCGGAGACUGGCUGAGCAGAGGGACCUUGCUCCGGUGACUGGGGGCCCCUGCAGACGCAGCUCAGCCCCUGGUGUUUGAAUUCCCCCGGGAGGCUGUGCAUUUGUACCGCCUGUUUUCCUAUGGAGAGGUGCCUGGGGUAGGCAGUUAGUUUUGGGGGGCACCUGUCUCCUGCUGGCAAGACGUGGUUGCUGCGCUAAUUUCAUGUCUGAUCGGUUCUGUCCCAAGCCCCUGCACAGAGGGGUCCUUUUCCUUCCGUCUCUGCCCCCCUCUGGAGCUCCGAGUGCUGGGCAAAGGGGGGAGGGGCGGGGGGUCUCCUGUUCCUGGGUGUUCAGGGCCCCAGCUCACACUUCUGCACACGCCUGUAUACACGCACGCUCGCCCCCCCCGCAUGAAUGCACAUGCAUGCACACACGCCCCUGCCCGAAUACAAACCUCUGCAUACAAACACGUGUACACGCGCCCGGUCUCCCGCACACCCCUGACUAUGCAGACAAGCCCCCAGGUACAAAUACAUGCUCACAAGUGCACGUACACCUCCCCCCCCCCCAGUACAGAAGUACACAGGGACACAAUGCUUACCCCUCUGCACACAGACACUGCACACGCAUCACAGCCCAGACCGCUGCACUCACACACAGGCCCCACACAAUCGCAGGUGCACUGGGGCACACUGGCAGGCACCUGGCCAGAGGCCGGUGCACACCCAGACGUACACGCACGAGCACGUGGGAUCGCUCAGCGUCCAGCUGAGCUGGGCCCGGCCUGGCUGCCUGCUCCCCAACGUCUUGGCCGAGAGACCUUUCCCAGAGUCAUCGCCGCGCCCCAGAAACCGCCUCCUCCCACAGUCCUCAGCACAGCUUUCCCGCGCCUGCAUCUGCCCCUUGCAGGACCAAACCCCCUUUCCCAGCUCUGGCUCGGGCAGCCCUGGAGCUCAGUAAGGGGACAGGCUGGAGCAGCCUGAGGUAUUUCGGUGUCCCGGAGGAUCUGGGCAUCCGUAGAACAGCCCCCAAAGCUGGGUUUGUCUCUCCCCGCCCCCCCUUUUAACCCGCUCUUGUUUGGAAUGAGGGAGUGUGAGCCAGGCACGCGGGCUGGCCUUGAGCCGUCCAGCAGGGGUCAGUACUGAGUGAUUCGCCAUUAAAGUCACUUUCCAUGGGAA